GUGUCGAGGUAGACCGAGACUAACUUUCGAAGACCAUGUGAGCAAAUUGCUCGAAGAGGGUAGGGUCAAGAGUACUCGGAUACCUAGACGUGCAUGUAUGAAGAAGAUAAUGAAUCUGAAAGAAGCGAAAGAGAUAUGUAAGGAUCGUGACACUUGGCGAUCUGUUCUCUCUGGCUACCCCGUCAGGGAUUGUGCGUGAAGAUAAGUAAAGUAAGUAAUAAUCUUUUUGUUUAAAUAAAAAUUAAUGAAGAAAUAUUGAUAUCACUGGUCCAACAAUAUCCAGAUUUGUUUAAUCAUGAACAUCUACAUUAUCAUGAUGAAAUAAAAACCUCUCUUCAUCCGAGCUAUCCAUAACGCAAAUACGACCUAUUUUGUUGAAGAAUUUGCGAUGAAUGAACAAUUCGAUUGGAUUCGUCAGAGAUGGACGCACUAGGAAUAAAUGCGACUCGCUUCGAUUCGACGCAUUUCUGCUGUAGUCGACGCCAGGCUUAAGAGUCCUUCCAGAACGCGCCCUUUCGAGUCGCGUUCGAAAUUUAACAUUUGCUGGCUGUGGAAUUCCAUACUUUACAACAUUACUUUUACUUCGGAUAUAUCCGCAUCACAUUUAUCGUGCAACAGAUUCUAGUUAAAACUUGGUACUAAGUAUUAGUGAUAUUAAAGUAUGAAAUUGCUGUUUAUAUUGAAAAAUUGUUAUGUUUUCGAGAGUCAUUACGAAUCGUCUCGUACGCAUACUCGACGGCUUCGAGACUUCCAAACGACCUGGUUUCCGAAAAGACUUUAGCACCCAUAGACUACAUACAUACCCUUCGGCUAAUUGUACAGAACUCCGAAGAGUACAAUCUACUACUCCAUAGGCGUAGUCCCGAACUCAUGGAAGAUAGCUUUGAUGCACCCGAUCCCUAAAAAAGGCGACCGCCCAGAUCCGUCCAACUACAGGGCUUUCGCUAUCACCUCCUUGUUCUCCAAAGUAAUGGAAACCAUUAUUAACUACCAGCUCAUGCGGUACCUUGAGGAUCACCAGCUGAUUAGUGACCGCCAGUAGCCAGUACGGUUUUAGUCGAGGUCGCUCAGCUGGUGAUCUUCUAGGUUACUUAACUCAUUGGUAGGCGGAGGCAGUGGAUUCCAUGGGGGAGGCGUUGGCUGUUAGUUUAGACGUAGCGAAGGCCUUCGAUCGGGUUUGGCACAAAUCGCAUCUUUCGAAGCUGCCUUCCUAUGGGCUUCCUGAGAAAUUGUGCAAUUGGAUCACCAGUUUUCUUGCAAAUCGGAGCAUCAAGAUCGUAGUAGACGGUGCAUGCUCCGAUUACAAGCCCAUUAACGCUGGUGUUCCAAAAGGCUGCGUGCUAUCACCAACGCUGUUUCUUCUGCAUAUAAAUGAUAUGUUGCAAACCGGUAACAUUAAUUGCUAUGCAGACGACAGCACUGGUGAUGCUUUAUACACCGGCGGUGUCACACGUCACAAUUCUGUCCAAAAUACCUACUCAUCAAAGUAAGCCAAGCUUCAACGCGAGCUCCUCUAUGCACGUUAGUUAAUUAAUGGGGUUGGCUAUAGAUAUCCGGUACUUGAUUUUAGUUAUGUUUUCAACUUAGGAGGCUUGUCAGGGUUAAGCAUGAACAUUUUAAACUGUUUUUGAAUGUCGGAAAUGCGUUUUUAAUUAAUUAUGACAAAAAUAAAUUUCAAUAAAAAUUCCGUAUAACGAAACGCAAAUAUGACAAUUUUGUAUAGUGUUAUGAGAUUAGAUGUCAAAAACAGAUGCAAAAAGUGUGAAUCGGAACAGUUGUUGACGGCCAUGUUGUCGGCAACCGUAAAUGUCAAAUAUAAUAUAUUAUCUAUUAUGUCAAAUGUAAAUUGUCAUUCCGUUUCUCUAGUAGUCACGCGAAUGUUCUUCUUUGUGCUUAGUGCUGUGUUUUCCCUGUAUUUUCGACGACUUCUGCUCUGUUUUUGGACUUCUUUGAUUGCCCUUACGUUUGACCUUGGCUUUGUUUCUGGUUUUGAUUGGAUUGCAUUACUUUGGACUUUGGCUUGCUUACCGGACCUGAGAAUGAGCGAUUACGAACCCGUAGCGGGGCCUUCUUCGGCAUCUGACGCUUUACUCGAGGAACCAUCACACAUCGACGAAAACUUCUCUGACGACGGCGACUAUGUGAAGCGUCGACUAUACGUGUCUGAGAUUAUGUUCAUGUGGAAUCUGUCGGAUAUUGUGCGUGAACUUGGAACGAACGAGCAAUGUGUUCGAUAUAGUGAGGAUGAAGGGCUGGUCCUAAAGGAACGAAAGUGCGGCAAACAUAAAACUAAUAUGAAAAUUUCAUACUCAAGUGGCUGCAAAUCGCUUGGUACUUUCAUAUGUGCUAAAGCAUCCUGUAAGGGGAAAGCUGGAGGCAGUGGAGUUAAAAUCUCACGACGACAAGGGACUUUUUUUGAAAAUGUAACUCUUGAUAUGCCCCACAUAUAUUACCUCAUAUAUGCAUAUUCACAAGGAUGGUCUUAUAAUCAAACAAUCCAUGAAGAUCCAUAUAAACGACAGAGACAACAAUGUUUAAGCCCAAAUACAAUAUGUGAUUGGUACAAUUCCUGCAGAGAGGUAGUUGUUAUUUACUACCUCGAGAAACAGAAUCAGUUUACUGGAAAGAUUGGUGGCCCUGGUAAAAUUGUACAAAUUUAUGAGAGCAAAUUUGGAAAACGCAAAUACAAUAAAGGACGUCACAUCGAAGGCCACUGGGUGCUCGGUAUGAUAGACGAUGGGUCUGAGGAUCUCAGACUAGAGGUGUGCCCGGACAAUAUUAGGUCUGCUGAGGUACUGGUGCCGCUUAUACAUAGACAUGUGGCGGCGGGUACCACAAUUCAUACUGAUUGUUGGCGGGCAUAUGAUUGUUUGGCAGAACACGGGUACACACAUAAAAAAGUUAACCACUCAGACCCAGACAAUCCAUUUGUGGCUGAAGAUGGGACUCAUACACAACGAAUUGAGUCGCAGUGGAGAGCAGUGAAGAGGUUUUUUAGAAAACAAAAUUAUAAUAAUUCUCAAAGUUUUACAGACGUGAUUGUAGAGUAUUUGUGGAGACGAAAUGUAGAAAAGUUUAAAAAGGAUCCAUUCAAAGAAAUUAUGCGAGCAAUAAAGCAUGUGUAU